AUAAACGAGGCAGCAUCUUCUGUGUUCCACACUCAAUGCACUAGAGCAGCGAGUGGAGAAAGUGAUGGCAACGCGAAUAUCCAAACUGUUUCUCCUUCUGGGGCUGUUUGUGUCGGGGACCGCGGCGGCUGGAGGAAACCGAAAAGGAGCCGUGCAUGAUGAGGACCGGGAUAAAGAGACCGGCACGGAAAGCCCGUGUGAAGUUAAAACCGUGACCGUAUCUACCCUGCCUGUGCUCAGGGAGAACGAGUUCAGUUUCACCGGUGGUGGCUCGGGAAACGUGGCCGGAGGGGAAUCCCGACUAAUGUUGUUUGUGCGGACUGACCUGCCUGGAAGAAUAUCUGUACUGGAUGAUCUGGACAACACUGCACUCCCGUACUUCACGUUAGAGAUGUCGGGGACAGGUGCGGACAUCUCCCAGGUGCACUGGAAGCAGCAGUGGCUGGACAAUGGGACGCUCUACUUCCACGUGUCCAUGAGCAGCUCGGAGCAGCUGUCCCAGCCCACCCAGGCCAGCCCCCGCCAACCAGCCAGCACCAUCCACGAGCACAUGCACCUGCUGCACAUCUCUGUCAUGGGAGGCCUGAUUGCGCUGCUGCUGCUCAUCCUGCUCUUCACGUUGGUGCUGUACACUCGUCACCGUUGGUGCAAGCGCCGGCGCGUCCCCCAGAAGAGCGCGAGCACCGAGGCCACGCACGAGAUCCACUACAUCCCGUCCGUGCUGCUGGGCCCGCAGGGACGCGCUGGCGCUGGCGGCGGAGACUCGUCCUCCUUCCGCGGGUCGUCACGCCCGCUGCACCCGCACGGCUCAGUCAUCGGCAUGCCCAUCCGCGAGACGCCCAUCCUGGACGACUACGACUGCGACGAGGACGAGCACGCGGGGGUCGGCACGCAGCCCAUGCACAACCAGCUGCACGGCGGGGGGGGCGGGAUGCUGGACGACUGCAAGGGCGAGGACGGCUACAGCAGCGGGGGAGGCUUCGGCUCGCACACACUCUGUGACAGCCUCAAGAAGACCGACGACAACCACAAGCACAGCCUGGACAAGAGAGUGGCUGAGUCCCAGCAGGAGACGGUGGAGGAGCUCAUGCAGAGGUUCAAGGACAGCUUCCACACCAGCACAGCCAUGGACAUGGGCCACUUCCACAGCACCUCCCAUAGCUCCUCUACCGGCAGGAGGAGGGGCCCCAACAUCACACGAGGCAAUGCGUUUGGUCGCCAGAGUGACCUUGGUUCGGAGGUGGAGGACGAGAUUCAGAUGAAGUUCUACACGGAACACAGAGGCAGACGGCGUAGUAAAGGAUGCCCCCAGAGCCCGCUGAACAAGGCCACGCUGACCCUGCUGACCAUCAGUACGUGCGUGCUGGCCAUCGCUUACGGAACACAGCUCUCCUGCCCGCUCGCCGUCAAAGUCACGCUGCACGUACCCGAACACUUCAUCGCUGACGGAAGCAGUUUUGUGGUGAGCAUGGGCAGCUUCCUGGACGUGUCCAACUGGCUGAACCCGGCCAAGCUGACGCUGUACUACCAGACCAACAGCUCCUCUCAGUGGGUCAGAGACUACUGUGGACAAAGGACAACAGAGCCCUGCGAGCAGCUGUGUGACCAGGAGACAGGGGAGUGCGGCUGUCACGAGGGCUACUCGCCGGACCCCCUGCACAAGCACCUGUGUGUCCGCAACGACUGGGGCCGCAACGAAGGUCCAUGGCCCUACACCAACCUGGAGAGGGGCUACGACCUGGUCACGGGAGAGCAGGCACCCGAGAGGAUCUUCAGGUCGUCCUACAGCCUGGGCCAAGGACUGUGGCUGCCGGUCAGCAAGAGCUUUGUGGUGCCGCCGGUGGAGCUGUCAAUCAACCCAGUGGCCAGCUGCAAGACAGAUGUGCUGGUGACUGAGGACCCAGGAGACGUCAGGGAGGAGGCCAUUAUGUCCACGUACUUUGAGACGGUGGAUGACCUGCUGGCCUCCUUUGGGCCUGUACGGGACUGUUCCAAGGACAACGGAGGCUGCCGCAAGAACUUCAAAUGCGUUUCUGACCGCCGACUGGACUCGACGGGGUGCAUGUGCCCUGAAGGUCUGCGGCCGAUGAAGGAUGGCUCCGGUUGCUAUGACUACUCGAAGGGCACCGACUGCACUGACGGCUUCAACGGUGGAUGUGAGCAGCUGUGUCUGCAGCAGCUGGUGCCGCUGCCCGACGACCCCUCCUCCAGCAACGUACUCAUGUUCUGCGGUUGCGUGCAGGAGUAUAAGCUGGCGUCAGACGGGCGCUCCUGCAUCCUGCUCUCGGACAGCUGUGUAGGUCCCAAGUGUCCCCGGCUGGACGGCCACUUCAACAACACGCUCUUCAGUGAGAUGCUGCAUGGCUACAACAACAAGAGCCUGCAGGGCAACCUCGGACAGGUCUUCCAGAUGACCUUCCGAGACAACAACUUCAUCAAGGACUUUCCCCAGCUGGCGGACGGGCUGAUGGUGAUUCCUCUGCCCGUGGAGGACCAGUGCCGAGGAGUGCUGUCAGAACCACUGCCAAACCUGCAGCUGCUCACAGGCGAUGCUCAGUUCAAUGAAGCGAUGGGCUACCCUAUGGUCCAGCAGUGGAGAGUGCGCAGUAAUCUCUACAAAGUCAAACUCAGUGCCAUCACUCUGGCCACAGGCUUCUCUAAGGUGCUGAAGAGCCUGACGGGAGACAGCAUGCGGGACGAGAUGCUCUCCUUCAUCCAGCAGUAUGGAAGCCACUACGUGUCCGAGGCUCUCUACGGCUCCGAGCUGGCCUGCACCAUCUACUUCCCCAGCAAGCGGGCCCAGCAGCAGCUCUGGCUCCAGUACCAGAAAGAGGCGACUGACCAGGGCAGCCGGCGAGAGCUGCGGUCCCUGCCCUUCAUCAGCUACCUGUCGGGCCUGCUGAAGACGCAGCUGCUGUCGGACGACCUGGUGUCCGGCGUGGAGAUCCGCUGCGAGGAGAAGGGGCACUGCCCCUCGGCCUGCCACCUGUGCCAUCAGCCGGGCCGUGAGACACCAAGCCCGUCCCCCGUCCUGCUGGAGGUCAACCGCGUCGUCCCCCUCUACAGCCUGGUGCAGGACAACGUCACCCGAGAGGCCCUGAAGAGCGCCACCAUGAGCUCCCAUUGGUGCGCGGGGAGAGGGGACGUCAUCGACAACUGGUGCCGCUGCGACCUCGACGCCUUCGGCAAAGACGGACUGCCCAACUGCAGCCCUCUGAGACAGCCUGUGCUCAGAUUAUCUCCACACAUGGAGCCCUCUAGCAUGAUGGUGGCCCUCGAGUGGCUUGACGUCGAGCCUCUGAUUGGCUACAAGGUCUCCGAUUACAUCAUCCAGCACAAACGCAUGGAGGAUCCCUCCGAGGCCGAGAUCUACUCAGGAGAGGUUCUGAGUCUGGUGGAUGACCUCUUCUCCGGACUGGGCUCGGCCUGUGUGGUUGCCGGGAGACGGAGCCCAGACAGCUCCCACUCUGCUCUCUACACGCUGGUCUUCAAGUGUCUAGAGCCAGAUAGCCUCUACAAGUUCACUCUGUACGCCAUUGACAGCCGUGGCAGUCGUUCAGAAGCCAGCUCGGUGACAGUGCGGACUUCCUGUCACAUGGUGGACGACAGCAGAGCAGAAGAGUUGGCUGAUAAGGUGUAUAAUCUGUAUAAUGGCUACACCAGUGGUAAGGAGCAGCAGAUGGCCUACAACACACUGAUGGAGGUUCCUCCACCCCUGCUGUACCGAGUGCAGCACCACUACAACUCACACUACGAGAAGUUUGGAGACUUCGUGUGGAGGAGUGAGGACGAACUGGGGCCUCGAAAAGCCCACCUGAUCUUGCGGCGGGCGGAGCGCCUGAGCCACCUGUGCCGGUCUCUGCUGCGCAGCGGCUACAUUCAGAGCCGGACGGACACCUCGCCCUACGUGCUGUGCCGCAGCGAAGACGCGCGGGCAGCCGGGUCCACCUGGCACGCCUCCCUCCAUGAGAUGCGGCUCUCCUGCGUGGAGCGCCUGCUCUCCGUCCAGAGGAACAUUUACGGCAAGUCCAAGCUGCGGUGAGAGGCAGAGAGAGGGGCGCCCAGCGGCCAGCAGAGGAACUGACCCGGAACAGACCGAACUCUGAUCCCAACCGGGCCAGAUGAAGACCAGAUCCAUGUCAUAUGAAACCAAGAACCAGAAGAAGAUCCUGGCAAGAACCAUGCUACAUCCUGGCAAGAAUCUCUACUAGUUCCAGGAUAGAAUAUGUCAAUCAAGAGCAGAACCCCUGCUAGUUAAAGACCAGGUUCCUGAAGAGAAGAACCCAUGCUGGAUAAAGACCAGGUUCCUGAAGAGCAGAACUCGUGCUGGAUAAAGACCAGGUUCCUGAAGAGCAGAACUCGUGCUGGAUAAAGACCAGGUUCCUGAUGGAUCCGUGGCAGAUCAGGGUUUGUUCUGUUCCGGGUUCCUCAGCUGCUGUCUUUUAGGCCCUUGCCACCCACUCCCCUUCUCUGUCAAGGUCGCCCUCUCCGUCUCGUCCGCCCGCCCGUCCUCUCGGACGCUGUCCGCUGUCGGCUUCUUCAUUCUGAUUCUUUAUUCCUUUUUCUACCAGAGGAACUAAAGAGCUGCUCUCCCCUCUAGAGAGCGUUUUUUUUUUUUAAAACACAAACAUUUACUUCCUCUGAGCUUUUGAGUUGCCAAGAGUAGUACAGGGGCAGAUCAGCAGGAAGUCGCCCGGGAUUGUAAAGAUGAAAAUAAAAGAGAUUUGAUUUGCUGUCAAAGUGACGGUGACACAGGCAUGUGGAUAUUUCUCUCCCCAAGGGAAACCAGACAAAUCUAUCAAAGCCUGAAUGUAACAACACUAUGUAAGCUGUGUCCAUGGAAACAUACUGAAUGACAUCAUUAAUAAUAAGGACUCGUACCUCCAAGCAGCAUCCCACACCAGAGUCUGUAGGAGAGAUGUGGUUUAUUUCCCCCUUAUUGCCCUGAGCAAAGACAGAGGCUGAGACGCUCACCUCAGUUUGUAAUGGGUCUCAUUUGGCCUUUAAAACCAGAGCAGCACAUUGGGUCAUUUCCUCAUAGUUGAGACUGUCACAUCCCCAACCUGCUGAAAAUGGACAGUGCUUUCGAAUCAGUAGAAAACGGCUCAGUCUAGCUCAAAUUGAUGGUGCUUCUGAAUCAGUAGUAGGCCUAUACAUGUACGGCUUGGUUCAGCUCAUAUUGACAGUGCUUUUGAAACACUACUAUACGGCUCAGUCCAGCUCAAAUGGACAGUGCUUUUGAAACAGUACUAUAGGGCUCGGUCCUGCUCAAAUGGAGAGUGAUUUUAAAUCAGUACUAUACGGCUCGGUCCAGCUCAAAUGGACAGUGCUUUCGCAUCAGUAGAAUACAGCUCGGUCCAACUCAACUUUUAUAUGCAGUACCAGUUAGAGUGGCACAGGAACGUGGUUUUGGAGAGACGUUUAGUUAGAGUGGCACAGGAACGUGGUUUUGGAGAGACGUUUAGUUAGAGUGGCACAGGAACCAGGUUUUGGAGAGACGUGUCCAGCUCUUUGUACCUCCCUAUACCCUAUUGGCUGAUAUGUACAGACCUUUUGUUGCAAGGCGGCAUGCCUCUCUGUACAGACGUUGCGAGGCGGCAUGCCUCUCUGCUGGUAAUUGAGAUGUCAGUUUGUGAACUUGAGUUAAAAGCCAUUUUAUUGGAGUUUCCUUUCAAACUUCUUGUUUGAAAUUUUUGCCAGAAGAGAAAUCAAAGGCCACAGCUGCUUGACUCAUAAUAUGCUUACAUGACAGAAAAUUAAUAUGCUUUUUUGUAGCCGGAAGGCUUCUUUCUGAAGAGUUUGCCCACGGAGGGUUGAAAGGUGAUAUAUGUACAUGUAACAUUUCAUACGUAUGUCAGGAUUCUUCUUUUGAGAGAAUCAACCAAAAGGUCUAUUUAUCUCAAAGGCCAAAAAUGUAUUCUAAUUCAUUAUUUUUGCAAAUACUUUUAUUUCAGAGAAUUUUGUUUCAUGCCAUGGAUUGUGAUAGUAAAUUAUAAUUCUGUACAUAAAACAAAUGUAAAUAUCAUAUGUGAUUAGGUGGCUCUGGUGGUCCUUU